GACAGAUGUGGAGGAUAAUUGUCACAACUUGCCUAUUGAAAGCGUGAAGUUUACUCGUGUAAAUGGUCGACUGAGCAUAUCGGCUUUAGUUUGUGUUCUCUAUGACAACUGUUUUACACUAGGAGAGCCUCAAUGAGGAAACAGCGCAAGAAAUAGACUAAAGUCCCGGCUUGGCAAGAGCAACAGCUUUUCUUUACUGUUCAUUACGACCCAUCAGAGUCGACAAGAAACGACAGCAUUUCUCUAGAAACCUGGACAUAGAAGGUCUAUGAGACAGUGAAACAUGAGAUUAACAGGUCCCAUGCGAGCUGUGGCUGUGCUGCUGUUGGUGGGUCUCACCUGGCUGCUGGCAAACACCUUAUUUGGUGGGGAAAGUGGUUCAUCUGUGCGGCAUUUCUUCAGUGGCACAAGCGAAGAACCAACACCCGGUAAGUAUACAGAACAGCAUCAUAUGACCAUAUCAACUAUCAUAUUGGUGAAGCUGUGUCCUUAUUGUCUUCUUUUAUUUUCACUGACUAAUGUAUCAUAUGCUUUAGCUGAACCCCGCCCUCGAAGGUAUAAAUGUGGACUUUCAGCUCCGUGUCCCCCAAAACAUCUGGCUUUCCGCCUUGUGUCUGGUGCUGCCAAUGUGAUCGGGCCCAAAAUCUGCCUGGAGGACAAGAUGUUAGUGAGCAGUGUGAAGAACAAUGUUGGAAGAGGACUUAACAUAGCUUUGGUUAAUGGGGUGACAGGAGAGCUCUUAGAGACAAAGACCUUUGAUAUGUGGGCUGGAGAUGUUUCUGAGCUGUUGAAGUAUCUGCGACCGAUCCAUGAGGGAACACUCGUGUUCGUGGCCUCCUUUGAUGAUCCAGCCACAAAGUUGAAUGAUGAGUCUCGGCGACUGUUUGAGGAGCUCGGGAGUACAGCGGUGAAGGAGCUGGCCUUCAGAGACAGCUGGGUGUUUGUUGGAGCCAAGGGCAUUGAGAAUAAGAGUCCCUUUGAGCAGCGUAUGAAGAACAGUAAAAGCAGCAACAAGUAUGAAGGUUGGCCCGAGUCUCUGGAGAUGGAUGGCUGUAUCCCCCUGCGACCACCCCUGGAAAGUUAAUUCUGCCCAGUACUCCAGUACAGCCACACCUGGAGAAGCAGCUGUGGAUUCACAUAUCUGUUAUAAAGCCAAGGAACUUUUGAAUGACUGAAAUGAUCCCAGAUCUGGGCCACAAAUAACCUCUUAUUUUCCCUCUCACGACAGAGGCAUGAGUUGACUGCAAAGAUUGUUUUGAGACUUGAUAUAUUUAAAAUCGCUGGAACCUGAUGUGGAGGAUCUGUGCAUUAAGCUUGGCGAGCCACUUCUGAGCUGAAGUAAUAUAGAAACAAGGAAAGUGUGUGAGUGUGUGAGUGUGUGAGUGUGUGAGUGUGUGAGUGUGUCUGUGUGUGAGUGUGUCUGUGUGUCUGUGUGUCUGUGUGACUGUGUGCGUGUGCGUGUGUGUGUGUGUGUGUGUGUGUGUGUGUGUAAAAGGGAUACUUGAGAGGCCAAAUGUUUGAUGACCAAAGUGUAACAGUGACUAGUGAAUGAAUACAGCUGGAAUAGGUCUUCCAAAGCCAUUGACGGAAAUGGAUAUAUUUCCUCAAGCCUGCCUUUAAGAUGUCAAUACAACAGCGAUAAGCAGACUUGCAUGACAUUUGAUGUUCUGCAGGCAAAAGACACCUAAAUAACUGGUGUCAUACUAAGGCAUUGGGCAACCUAAUCCAUGUCAACAUAAGACAAACAUUUGAGGUACUCCAGUAGUUGAAAUGUCUUACUAAGCACCAAGUGUGUGGGCAGAUUUUAUAUGUAAAUACGUUAAUAUAUUUUCAUCAUGUGAUAUAUAUUAUUAUUAUUAAUAUUAAUAUUAUUAUGCAUAGUUUUAGCUGCCAUUUUUUCCUUAGAACUUGAUGCACAGCAGUUAUUGCUUGCCCAGUGUUUACAAAUAUCUUUUGGACAAAUUUGCCCUAGUUCAUUUCCUUUAAAUAAAACUAUUUUAAUACCUUUGCAGAAAGACUACAGAUUAAUAGUGUGAGAUCAUUGUGGCCUUUAGGAGUCUGUCCACUGACUGCUUUCCUUGAAGAUAAAUCUGUGGUUGUGUUUGUUGUUAUUUUAAGUGUUGAAUGUAUACACCGCCAAAUAUGUAGGAAUGUUUGAGUAGAAGUAAAAUAAUUAUUUUAGAUGUAUGGUUAUAAGUCAAUUUCAGCAGCUUGUGUCUGUAUUAUCUUACCUCCUAAGUACUUCUGUUUUCUACAGAGCAGUAGAGUCUGUGUUUAUAGUGUGACCACAAUACUGAUUAAUAAAAACGUCUAAAUAUUU